ACCAAUUCAUCUCCAUCCCCGAGAGGUCCAACCCUUCCAACUUCUUCCCAUCAAACAUGCUUCCCGGCGGCAACGAUUCCAUAGCCAUGAAAGCAAAACUCUCCCGCUUCCAACCCAUAACGAACCCAAGGCAAAUCUUCCUUCACCCCUCUGCUUCUUCACCCACAAAACCAACCCAAGAACAAGAAGAAAACCUUCACCUCAACAUCCCAGUUGAUGAUGCCUUUUCUCCCUCCUCUCCAUCAGCAGUUGCAGUAGCCAGCGAAGAAAGUCUUGUAACAAAAAUUCUACUUAAACUACCCCCAAAGCCUCUCCUACGCUCCCAGUGCGUCUCCAAGCAAUGGCUCUCACUUAUCUCCGACCCUGCCUUCCGCCGGCAACAUGCACGGGCUAUCCGGACACAUCCCACCUCUGAUCUCCUCUUUUUCAGCCCAGAUAGUGAACGCAAUGAGAUCGAUCUCAUAUCGCUUUCCCCAGAGGGUGUUGACUCGGUUGGUAACGUCUCAUCCCCUAUAACUGAUGGGAUUCUGAAAAAAGGAGAUGAGAUUCAUAGCCUGCAUUCUUGCAAUGGGUUGCUCUGCAUGCAGAUUAAACUCAAAAACAAUCGCCUCCAGCUGAUUGUUUACAAUCCCACAACUUGCAAGCACAGGGUUAUUCCCUGGUUCAGUGGUGACUAUAAUAUGCCAAUAUUUCGCUAUGCAAAUAUUGCUUUUGACCCUUCAAAAUCUGAUCAUUACAAGCUUGUUUGCUUCGGUUUAGACCGUGACAGUGACUGUAACAACUAUAGAUUCUUGAUAUAUUCAUCAGAGACUGGGGCAUGGAGGGUGACUGAAGAUGCAGUUGGGACGUUGCCUGUUCGUUAUUACUAUGACAGAGGGGUUUUAUGGAACGGAGACUUUCACUGGUUUGGUACUAAUUAUUGUACUCUGUGUUUUGAUGUGCAAAAAGAACGGCUUAAACCCUCAACUCCUCAAAUUCCUGCUAGUUUUGGGGUUAGAAACAAGUAUGAUAUCUGGUAUUUUGGGGAAGCAGGUGGGGAUCUGUCUGUUAUGUGUGUGAACAAGCUUGAAGCCAUGUUGUUUGAUGUUUUUGCACUGAAGAGGGAUUAUUCUCAGUGGAUUCUGAAGCAUCGUGUUGAUUUUGCUCCUUUGACUCGGUAUUACCCAAAGAUGAAGGGCCCUGGAUUUCAUACACCUUGUUUGGUUGUGGAUGAGGAGGGGAAGAAAGCCAGGAUUGUGAUUUCUGUGGAGGAUAAGUUUCUUUCUUAUGAUAUUACUGAUAUGGUUGUGAAGGAGCUUGUUGAAGUAGGGCCUGUGUAUGCUGAAGUUGCUGGAUGGGGUGAUAGCACUUGGUACAGGUGGUACGAGGCUUUCCAGCAUGUUGAUACACUUGCUUCAGUUUAAAGUCUGCAGAUCAGUGAUAAAUCUCCAAACAAAAUUCUCUUUGAUGCUUGGUUACUGCAGUUUUAUAUUAUGAACAAAUGUUAGUAUCAUCUUUUGUUUACUUGUGUGUUUAGCUUUGGUAUCUAAAGCUAAUAGCUUUAUGGUGGUUAUGUACAAGUUUUAGAGCUUAAUUCCUGGUUUUCAGGGUGUGUUCCCAGUCCUGUUUCUCACGGUUUUUGGUUUGUAAUAGUUUUCUUGAACUGGUGCUUCAAGCUUUAUCAUUAUUGUAUUCAGGAAACAACUUGU